AUGGCACAGCACGCCUUCAACCAGUUUGGUGGCGGCCAGAACCCUGGCGGUGCCAGUGGCAGCGUUGACCCAAACGACUUAGCGAUGUCUGGAACAUACGCAGCGUCAUACUCAAACAACUUCAACGGAAACAACAACUCCUCCAAUUUCUUCGGCGAUGACGAGUUGCUCGACACCCUUGGCAGCCCGACGGAUCCUAUGUCCAACCAACCUGGCAUGCACAACCAAGGUCAGGAUUUCGGUGGCAUGAACGACAUGAACAUGGGGUUUUCGCAUGGCAUAUAUCCGUCGCAUCAAGGGAGCCACGGUAUACCUAUGGAUCAAAACCAUAUGAACGGUUAUUCCCAUACGCCAGAUGGCGAUCCUAUCCAGAGCCCGUUCGUCCACAGCUUCAAUCAGGCGCAAUUCCAUCAGAUGCAGCAACAGCACCAACCAUUCGGAAACUCCCUUCAGUCGCCGAUAUCCUAUUCUGGCUCUCCUUUAACCGGCUCCGACCUGAACAACGAAGGUGAUCCUAAUUACCUAAACGCGAAGUCCCGUCCUCAACUUUCCAACAUGCAGCGCAAAUCAUCCAGUGCCCGGGGCCCACUUACGCCUAAGACUGCGGGUAUGUCCAGCUUAUCUGUAAACUCUCGGGAACAAUCAGGAUUCGGCCCCCAACCGAUUCGAACUAACAACGGCCACCACGAGAAGUCGCCUUCAGGCCAGUGGAUGCACACUCCUAACAGCCUUUCUUCCUUUCCCGGGUCCGGAUUCUCCUCGCCCAUGCAGCACGGCAUGCAAAACCCGCAAAUUACGGAUGUACUACUUAAAGGUGGUACUUCUAUGCCUACAAAAUUAAAUACGCCACCAAAUGCGGUUUCGUCACAAGAGAUGAAGAGGAAACGACGUCGCGAAUCACACAACCUUGUCGAGCGGCGGCGACGUGACAACAUCAAUGAGAGGAUCCAAGAUCUUAGCAAGCUUGUUCCAACGCAUCGAUUGGAGGACGAGAAAAUCAGGAAACUUAUUCAAAAUGGCACCCCGUUAUCGCCUAGUCUAACCGGAAUCUCUCACCCCGCGCAGGCUACUUCGGGAUUGGCCGGCCCAGGCGCAAAGCGAGCCACCGGAGUUGGCAACAUUACCACCGGCCUUCCUCUUGAAGAGAAGGACAAGGGCCCUAACAAAGGAGAUAUCCUCAAUGGAGCAGUCAGCUGGACCAGAGACUUGAUGUGGAUGUUACACCUCAAGCUUCAGCAACAAGAAGAGCUUAUCAACACCAUCGUGGAACUUGGUGGAACCGUACCACUUGGGCUCACAGAGGAUGAGAAAAGAAUGCAAACAGAGUUGAUGGAAGCAAUGGCCAAGAACGGUCCGCAUACCUUUUCAUACUCCCGCUUUGCCGGAUCGGGUCUUCGAGUGCCCCAGCAUACCGACUUCAGAGGGGACUCUCUGAACGGAUCAGACACUGCGAUCGCCGCCACUUCCGUGAGUCCAGACGGUCAGGAUGCCGUAGAUAUCGCAGCAGAUAUGGGUGACGCCGGUCCGUUUUGGAACGACCCGGAUGAUGAUGACAGCGGUCCCGCAUCGAUUAACUUCAAAGAAGAAGACGAAUUCGGGAUGGAUCUCUCCCACGACUAG